AGGUGCCUAUGUGUACAUGGACAGGGUCAGCUCCUAAUAUCCACAGAGAACAGAGAUGGUAGGAGCACAAAUAGAAGGACUGUGGGAACACAAGAACGACUGGAAACUGGAUCUCACUCAUCAACAUAUGUAGUUAAUCAAGCAGAAAUUUUUAGAAACUUUUGAAGAAAAAAUUCAUCCUGUGGGCAGCAUGGCGAUAGCAGCUCUAGAGUUGAUGGGUUUCUUUUUUGGCCUCUUUGGCAUGCUCGGAACCCUGGUAGCCACUCUUCUGCCAUAUUGGGCAACAUCGGCACACAUUGGCCCCAACAUCGUGACAGCGGUAGUCAACAUGAAAGGUUUAUGGAUGGAGUGUGUGUACCAGAGCACCGGAGCCUUCCAGUGUGAGACCUACAACACGCUUUUGGGGCUCACCACUGAUCUACAAGCAGCCAGAGCUAUGAUGGUCAUCUCCUCCAUCUUUUCCGUCAUGGCCAUCGCGGUGUCCACCGUCGGCAUGCAGUGCACCGUCUGCAUGGAUGGCUCUUCGUUCAAAAGCAAAAUGGCUGGGGUAGGCGGUUCCCUCUUUCUCCUGGCAGGGCUCUUGUCGUUGAUCCCCGUGUCUUGGAAGACCCAUGAGCUGGUGCAGACCUUCUACAUGCAGAACCUGCCAGCCAGUCUAAAGUUUGAGAUAGGUGACUGCCUAUAUGUGGGCUUGGCUUCUUCGCUCUUGUCCAUGCUAGGUGGAGGGCUGUUGAGUGCAUCCUACUGUGACGAUUUCGAGGGUAGCAGGGGAACCAGGCGCCAUUACCCCUACCCUGACCGCAGCGGACCACGUGGAACAUCCAAUUUGAUGCCCUACCAUCCAGCCACGCUACAUUCAAACACAAACCCCAACCUUGCCAACAAGAAUCAGACCCUUAACAGCCAUGCAAGCACCGACACCCACUCCACUACACCAGCUAUGGAUUCCAGGAAAUCAGCUCGGCAGAACACAGCAGCUGGGUAUGACGUUACAGGCUACGUUUGAGGAUUUGUACUAGUUGUUUUGCACCAUUUUUCUUAAAAGCACUGAAGUGUUUAAUACGUGGACUGUCGAAAGACUCUUAUAGCAGGUGGGAUGUUGGAUUAAGGCGCAAGAAGAAUAGACAAAGGGUUUGAUUGAAUAGAAGGUACUUUUGGUUUCUCUUUUCUUAACAGACAUUCCUGUUCUUUUUUUGAAAGUUCAAAAAUUCUAAAUAAACAGUAAGAUGGAUUUCAAUACGGAUCAACAGAAUCAUAUGUAAAUAUGCAGAGCUAAAAUUUGAUAUAGACUUUUUAGCUGCCCUCUCAUUAAGCACUGGGUCAGUUAACCUUGUUAAGUGCACUUAAAAAUAUGAACUGUUUUUGUAUUCACAUUUUGCAAUGUUAUUGUUUUUUUUUAUUAAUAUUGUUUUAAAUUGUUUAUGACUGUAAUCUUUAUUUUGUCAUCAAAUUUAUAUGCACUCAGUUUGAGCAUGAAAUUAUCAUAUUCACUUUCUAAAUAAAGAUUUGGGUUGUUUUA